AUGGCGUCGGAGCCGUUCAUUGACUAUAAACCAUCAUGGGAGGUGUUAGCUCAAGAAGAGGGCAGCCUAGAGUCCGCCUCGGACUCAGCGACAGAAAAGUGCCCCGUAAAGCCGUCAAAGGGGGUUGCUGACGGUGCCAAAUAUAAACACCAAGACAGUAGAGAUAGGUAUCAAUCACAGGAUGGUCUAAAGCUGCGUUCUAUAGCUGUAGUUAAUGUGUCGUCUGCCCUGGACGGCUGUGACGACCAGCUACUCCCUGCUACAUUCCGGGCCCUAGAAAGCGACUUAGGCUUUCAUCCUUCUCUUCUGGGUUACAUUACCCUCUCACAAACCCUUUGUCUUUCUAUAUUCUGCCCUCUGUGGGGAUAUUUAGCCGACCGACAUUCCAGGAAGUGGUUGCUCGUCUUCGGCACCACCGCAUGGGGGGUCAUAACGACUGCCCUCGGACUCGUCUCCGAAUUUUGGCAGGUGGCCCUGCUACGAGCGCUAAAUGGCGUCUUUUUGGGUAGUGUGGGCCCCGUGUCCCAGAGUAUUUUGGCUGACACAUCCCGUCGGAGGAGCUUGGGGUUUUCUUUCGGCCUCGUUCAGCUCUGCACCAGCAUGGGCAGGUUGGUGGGAGGUGUCGUCACGACUACUGUGGCCCAGAUACAAAUGGGAGCCCUCAAGGGCUGGCGCGCUUGCUUUAUUUGCGUGGGGGCGAUGAGCUGUUUUCUGGGUGUCAUCAUAUCCUUCGUUCUAGAGGAAAUUCCUCGCAGGAGAGUCUUGAGGCCGCGUAUGGAUGACACGGGGGGUACAGGAUCGGUAAUGCAGUCGGCUGACACCUGGAGCUCUUUCCUUAAAGAGGUCGUCACGAAGUCCCUUGCCACCCCUAGCGUCCUCAUUGUCCUUGUAGAGGGUCUGGUGGGGACAAUCCCCUGGUCGGCAUUCAGUUUCAACACGAUGUUCUUUCAAUAUUGCAACAUGUCGGACCUGAAGGCGGCAUACAUCAUGGGAGCGCUGCUUAUUGGUUCGGCGGCAGGCGGAGUCCUCGGAGGACUUUUGGGGGACAAGCUGUAUGACUGGUCUCCUGGGCAUGGCAGGCCGCUUGUUGGUCAGUUUGCCAUGGCAGUGCGGGUGCCCUUGCUGGUAGUCGCCUAUGUGGUUGUCCCGAAAGAGGAGACAUCGUUUGCAGUGUUCAUGCUAUUGGCCCUCCUGGUGGGACUCUCUUCUAUGGCGGGAGUGGCGGUUAAUAGGCCCAUUCUUGCAGACGUCGUCCGCCCAAACCACAAAGCCACUGUUUUUGCUCUGACGGUGGCAGUGGAGGGCAGCGGAGCAGCUAUCCUAGGGGCGCCGCUUGUGGGGUACUUGGCAGAGCAUUCCUUUGGAUAUUUGCGCACAACUCUGUUGGUUGCUGAAAUGCCAGAACAGCUCCGACUGGGAAACGCAAACGCCUUGGCCUCUGCUCUCGCCUUUCUUACGACGAUAAGCGCAGUGCUCGAUGAGGAGUUUCGCCAGGACGAGGAAGACAAGGAGGAGUGGCAGAGGGAGAGAGGAUCGCAAUCUGCAGAGACAGAAGCCGGCUUCUCUGCCGAUGCUGUUGCUGAAGCAUUUUUAGGGACGCAAGACAGCGCUAGUGACACUCCUCGAAGAGGGCCUUCUCCACGCAGACCCCACGACCCCGCAUUCAGUUCCAGUGACUGA